UCAGUUGGUAGAGACUCACACACACAGUGAGUGCUAAGCACCGGGAGAAGCCGGCCCUCCCCCUUUAUCACAGCCCUAGCACUAGCACUACCCCCGGGGCUAUGCUGGACUCCAGCUCCCUGUGAUCCCCAGGCCUCAGGAUACCAACCCCCAGGGGGGGACACCAGGCCCCUCAGCACCCCCAGAUCUGACACCCUGCCCGGGCAAGAGGCAAGCCAGGCCGCCUCCAGCACCCAGCUUAGCCCUGCUUCCUGUGUGGCUCCCCUACCAGCCCACAUUGAUGGUGUAGGACAUCCAGGGAGAGCUUUUUGAAGCGCUGGGGUUGUUGGAGUGGUCCAAUUUUUCCUGGAAUUGCGUGACAAAUUCAGAAGACUGAAGCCCAGGCUCACUGUCUACCUUUCACGGAGGCCCAGCCGUGAGAGGACAGAAGAAGGCACGUGGCGAAUCAUGACGGCCGACAAAGAAAAGGACAAAGACAAGGACCGGGAUCGGGAAAGAGAGAAACGGGAUAAGACUCGUGAUGGUGAAAAUGCCAGGCCCCGGCGCAGCUGCACACUUGAAGGUGGAGCCAAGAACUACGCCGAGAGCGACCACAGCGAAGACGAGGACAAUGAGAAUAAUGGCACAACAGCUGAGGAGGCUGCCAAGAAAAACAAGAAGAAACUUCCCAAGAAAAAGUCCCGAUAUGAGAGGGCAAAUAAUGGGGAGAUUACUUCAUUCGUCACAGAGGACGAUGUGAUUUACAAACCUGGUGACUGUGUAUAUAUAGAAAGCAGAAGACCCAACACUCCAUACUUCAUCUGUAGCAUUCAAGACUUCAAGUUGAGUAAACGAGACCAUCUCCUGAUGAAUGUGAAAUGGUACUAUCGUCAGUCUGAGGUGCCGGACUCUGUCUACCAGCACUUGGUACAGGACAGGCACAAUGAAAACGAUUCUGGUCGGGAGCUGGUUAUCACUGACCCGGUCAUUCGGAAUAGAGAGCUCUUUAUCUCAGACUAUGUGGAUACCUACCACGCUGCUGCUCUUAGGGGGAAGUGCAACAUUUCCCACUUCUCAGAUAUAUUUGCUGCUCGGGAGUUUAAAGCAAGGAUUGACUCCUUCUUUUAUAUACUGGGCUACAAUCCAGAGACCAGGAGGCUGAAUAGUACCCAAGGGGAAAUCCGAGUUGGCCCAAGUCAUCAGGCCAAGCUUCCGGAUUUGCAGCCUUUCCCGUCUCCAGACCGUGAUCCAAUCACCCAACACGAGGAAUUGGUAUGGAUGCCGGGGGUUAAUGACUGUGACCUGCUGAUGUACCUAAGGGCAGCCAGGAGCAUGGCUGCUUUUGCAGGAAUGUGUGAUGGAGGAUCCACAGAAGAUGGCUGUGUUGCUGCAUCAAGAGAUGACACUACACUUAAUGCACUUAAUACAUUACAUGAAAGCAACUAUGAUGCAGGGAAGGCUUUGCAGCGCCUUGUGAAGAAGCCGGUACCCAAGCUGAUUGAGAAGUGCUGGACAGAAGAGGAAGUGAAAAGGUUCAUCAAAGGCCUUCGACAGUAUGGAAAGAAUUUCUUCAGAAUAAGGAAAGAACUUCUUCCUAACAAAGAGACGGGUGAACUCAUUACUUUCUACUAUUACUGGAAGAAAACGCCUGAAGCAGCCAGCUCCCGUGCUCACCGUAGACAUCGUAGACAGGCAGUCUUCCGCAGGAUUAAAACCCGUACCGCCACUACCCCUGUAAACACUCCCUCCCGACCUCCGUCCAGUGAAUUCCAUUUCUGGGGGAAGCUGAACGAGUGCCUGCACCUACCUGCUCGGCGGGGGCCACAUGGCCGCUCUCCACAGAGAAUACCCACGAGCACCCAGCAAGAGAUAGUGGCUCCAGCCUCUGAGCGGGCCCAAGGAUGGCGGAGGCGACCAGAACAGCUCAAGGCAGAAGAGGCUGAACACAGCCCAUCAUCCAAACCAGUGGAUUUAAGCUCGGCAAGUGAAGAUGAUUUUGACAGCGAAGAUAGUGAACAAGAGCUGAAAGGUUAUGCUUGUCGUCACUGCUUCACUACCACUUCUAAGGACUGGCACCACGGAGGCCGAGAAAACAUUCUCCUGUGCACCGAUUGCAGGAUUCAUUUUAAGAAAUACGGCGAAUUACCACCCAUUGAGAAACCUGUGGAUCCCCCUCCGUUUAUGUUCAAACCGGUAAAGGAAGAAGAGGAUAGUCUCAAUGGGAAGCAUAGCAUGAGGACUAGAAGAAGCAGAGGCUCGAUGUCUACAUUACGCAGUGGACGUAAAAAGCAGACUGCCAGCCCAGACGGCAGAGUUUCCCCUAUAAACGAAGACAUACGUUCCAGUGGUCGAAACUCUCCAAGUGCAGCCAGCACGUCCAGUAAUGACAGCAAAUCCGAGUCCUCAAAGAAGCCUUCAAAGAAGAUUAAAGAAGAAGCCUCAUCUCCACUGAAGAGUGCCAAACGUCAAAGGGACAAACCAGUGUCUGAUACAGAGGAGACAGACCGGUCUAGUGUGAAAAAAUCCAAAACACAAGAGAUCAGUCGACCAAACUCCCCAUCAGAAGGAGAGGGUGAAGGAGAGGGCGAAGGAGAAGGGGAAAGCUCAGACAGUCGAAGUGUCAAUGAUGAGGGUAGCAGUGAUCCUAAAGACAUUGACCAGGAUAAUCGCAGUACAUCUCCCAGCAUUCCUAGUCCCCAGGACAAUGAAAGUGACUCUGACUCCUCAGCCCAGCAGCAAGUUUUGCAGCCACAAAAUAAUGCACCAGUAUUGGUUCCUCCCCCUGUAUCUCCAGGACCUUUACCACCAGUUGUACCUCCAGUUCACAGCAUUGCACCUGCUCAAAUAUCUCCAUCUCCAUCCCUUCCUCCUUCCCAGCCUCCUCAACCACCAUCACUUUCACUAGUUCCAGCUCCAACUUUACACCCUCAGAGACUUCCCUCCCCUCACACAGCCAUACAACCCCUCACGGGAUCACAACCGGAGCCACAAACUCCUACACCUGUUCAGCUACACCCACCAUCUCCACACCAUGGACCAGUACCAUCCAUGCCUCAUAAUAUGCCAUCACAACCCAUCCUACAGUAUCCUGGCUCUUCUCCACCUCAGCCCUGUCCCUCUCAGGUCUCUCCAUUGCCACAACCCUCACCUCACACUUUUCCUUAUACCUCUCAGGGACCUCCAACAUCUCAGUCAUCUUUGCAAACACCCUCUCAACCCCCCCGGGAGCAGCCUUUACCUCCUGCACCACUGGCUAUGCCUCAUAUCAAGCCACCUCCAACCACCCCUAUCCCUCAGACUCCUACUCAGCCCCACAAACAUCCUCCUCAUUUACAAGGACCUUCUCCAUUCUCCAUGAAUACCAACUUACCACCACCCCCUGCUCUUAAACCCCUCAGCUCACUGCCUACUCAUCAUCCUCCUUCUGCUCAUCCUCCACCUCUGCAGCUUAUGCCACAGAGCCAGCAACUUCAGGCCACUGCAGCACAACCACCUGUCCUGACUCAAAGCCAAAGCCUUCCCCAGACUCCUGGGCAUCCUCAAUCAGGGCUUCAUCCAGUUCCUCCCCAGCCUUCUUUCCCUCAGCAUCCAUUUAUACCUGGUGGACCACCAUCCAUCACUCCACCAACCUGCGUUCCUACUUCUGCUGCGCCAAACUUGUCUGCAGCUUCUCCAAAUGUCCAGCCUCCUCCACCUGUCACAUCUUCCACUAGUGCUUCAGGGGUUUGCAUUCCUGUGGUUUCCCCCUCUCCGAAUCCACCUCCACUGCCACCAAUACAGAUCAAAGAAGAAGCACCUGAUGAAAUCGAGGAACCAGAAAGUCCUCCACUUCCUCCUCGAAGUCCAUCUCCAGAACCCACCGUGGUUGAUGCACCAAGUCACGCCAGUCAAUCUGCAAGGUUUUACAAACAUCUUGAUCGUGGCUACAACUCCUGCGCAAGAACGGAUCUCUAUUUCAUCCCAUUAUCAGGCUCAAAACUGGCAAAGAAAAGAGAGGAAGCUGCAGAAAAAGCAAAGAGAGAAGCUGAACAAAAAGUGAGAGAGGAACGUGAGCGAGAGAAGGAGAAAGAAAAGGAGAAGGAAAGGGAACGAGAAAGGGAGAGAGAGGCUGAAAGAGCAGCGCAGAAGGCAUGCACCUCACAUGACGGGCGUCUUGGAGAGUCUCAGAUGGGUUCAGCUCACAUCAGACCUUCGUUUGAGCCACCAACGACCAUAGCUGCUGUUCCUCCGUAUAUAGGUCCAGAUACACCAGCCCUACGCACUCUGAGUGAAUAUGCUCGACCUCAUGUCAUGUCCCCCACCAAUCGCAAUCAUCCAUUCUUCGUCCCUCUCAACCCCAAUGACCCACUUUUGGCUUAUCACAUGCCAGGUUUAUAUAACAUGGACCCUAACAUGCGGGAAAGAGAAUUACGUGAGCGGGAGCUCAGAGAACGUGAAAUUCGUGAGAGGGAACUGCGGGAAAGGAUGAAACCUGGUUUUGAGGUGAAACCCCCUGAGCUGGAUCAGCUCCAUCCUUCAGCCAACCCUAUGGAACAUUUUGCUAGGCACGGUGCCCUCACUCUUCCACCUUCGGCAGGACCACAUCACUUUGCUUCUUUCCAUCAUGGCUUAAACCCUCUUGAGAGGGAAAGACUGGCUCUGGCAGGACCACAAUUGCGGCCAGAAAUGAGUUACCCAGAAAGACUGGCAGCCGAGAGGAUACACGCAGAGCGUAUGGCAUCACUUACUAAUGACCCUUUGGCCAGACUUCAGAUGUUCAACGUCACUCCUCAUCACCACCAACACUCGCACAUACAUUCACACCUUCAUCUUCAUCAGCAGGACCCAUUACAUCAAGACUGCUGCUGUAACUCUAAGUCUUGGCCAGGCGUGGCUGAAAACGGGACAUGUGUUCCAGUCCACUUUCCUGGGACAGCAGGUCCUGUGCAUCCUUUGGUUGACCCGUUGUCUGCUGGGCCUCAUUUGGCACGCUUUCCAUACCCUCCGGGUACCAUCCCUAACCCACUGCUGGGACAGCCGCCCCAUGAACAUGAAAUGCUGCGACACCCUGUUUUCGGUGCACAUUACCCUCGGGACUUGCCCGCAGGUAUUCCACCACAGAUGUCCGCUGCCCACCAGCUCCAAGCAAUGCAUGCACAGUCUGCUGAGCUGCAACGCUUGGCAAUGGAACAGCAAUGGUUACAUGGCCACCCUCACAUGCACGGAGGACACUUACCCAGCCAAGAAGAUUACUACAGUCGGCUGAAGAAAGAAGGGGACAAGCAAUUGUAACUUUGAGGUGACAUGGACUCCUCCCCCCCUCCAGCUCUCUUUUAGAGAGUCAGGCUCCAUACAACGGGUCCCCAGAGGCUGCAAGACUCCUCUAUAUAAGACUAUCCACAUACUUUCCUUCAUCUGUAAAGAAGACUCCUCAAAUCAGCCUGGCACCCCCUGCAUGACACUUUCUUCCCUAGCCUUGGGAGGGAGCAGGUUUGGAGGGAGAUGGGGACAUUUUCGGACACUACAACAGAUUCUUACUCUUCGAGAACACCUCAUCCACUAGAGGUGUUAAUACCCAUACACUCACUGUGUGCAAUUGAAGCCAGAGACAUGGUUACAAAGAACCGACGUGCUCUGCCAGCACAUAAGGGUUUCUUGUGCUGUGCUACAGAUUAAUCCUUUAUUUUAUUACAUCGACAGGAGAACCCCGUCAUUGUACAAAGUUGCACUGGUCUGCCCGCAGUCUGUAAAUACAUAAAUAAGCAAGGACUAAAGGAAAGCUCUCUGCUAAAAGUACCUUUCUAUUUCUGUCCCUGCACUGCAGUUACUACCUGUGAAUUCCAACCUGCAAGAGACUGGUUUCUGUUGACCUCUUCUCUGCCAGUAGGACCUAAAGCUAUUAUCCCAUGGCAGCAAAGUGGUCACAGCUCAAUGUACCCACUACCGGUAAUACACCCAAACAUUACCAAGAAUUUGUUGGUAAAACAAAAACCUUGUUUUAUUAUUUUCUCACCCAUUUUCAUUUUUUUCACCCUUUUGGUCUCUUGUACAAUGUGUUCCUGUCUAAGUCCGAACAGCAUUGCCCCUUUUUCAAAUUUUAUUCUAAACAACACAUCCAUUUUAUAACACAGAUUCAGAUCCUGGACAAUUUGUGAAAAGUUAUUUUUUUGUCCGAAAAUUCUCCUUUAAAAAGUUUGUGUCUCAAUUGUAGAUAGGGGCUACAGCGUUUUAAGUUGUAGAGGUAAAACGCACACGGGCUUGUGCGAAUCUUCACUUUAUAGCGUUAAAGUUUCUGCAGGGUUAGAACUUUUAUUAUUUAAUUUAUAAGGAAAAAAUCCUCCUAUAUUUUAGUGUUUCAGUCCUGCUAUACUUAAUGCCAAGGGUUUUAUUUGUACAGAUUCUAUUAAACCUGGGCUCUUAUUUUUUUAUUUCAUGUGGGUUUUUUUUUUUUUUCCUUUUUCAGAUUUAUUUAAUUUUUCACCCUGCAUCGUUACCAAUAUUACAGCAGCAGGCCUUUAAUAUAAAGAAAGGUACAGGACUGUGCAGAUUAGAACCAUGAAGGCACACUUAGUAACUGCUUAAUCUUUGUGUGAUCUCUAUAGGCGGGGGCUGCUAAAUUCUACCCUACAUGCCGUUCCUAAUACCACAAAACUGUUUCAUACAUUUGUCCAGAAAUCGUUCAAGCAGUCUCCUAGCAACUCCCUGCCACUCUGACUGUUAUCUGGCCCUCAGCGUCUCAGGGCUGUGCCAGACAGUGAUGGAUAAAUGCUGAUAGCAAGCACCCCUUCACUUUGCCAAUAAUCUCCUGGCACCAUCUUUCACACAUACACUUGGCUAUUGACAGAUAUCAGAGAAAGGAAACAAACCAUGAUUGUUGCAUUGCACCAGCCAUAGCACCACUAGGAUAUAUUUUCCUAUUUGCACAAGACGGUGCUAAGUCAUAAUUUGUAAUAUUCCACUACAGAGACUCUCUCUAACCCCCCUCCCUCCUGAGAUAAGUACUGUUUUAUUAUACACAGUUUGAUAAAGUGUCUGGUCGGAUGGGUCACAUGCGUUCGAACAUGUACCCAUGUAGAGCUGAGUUGUCCAGCCUUGGCCCUCAUGCUGUAUUUAGAGGUUAUCUCCCUAUGCUCUCUGCCUGUCACUGAUUGGGAAAUGUAGUCAGACCCUGACACAGAGAAGUGUGACAACCCACAGCCACCUUCAUUAGUAAAUCAUUGGAGCCAUUAACAGUCCCUGCAAUAUUUCCCAAGGCUUAUAGUAUCAUUCUAUAAUAUCCCGUUCUGAUUGCUGACAAUACAGUAUUCUAGUUUUGUAUAACACUAAAUGAAGGUUAUCUGCAGAUCCAAGUGUAUGAAGCUCCCAAGCCUCCUAAAUAUAUACAUUUAAUAUAUAUUCCCGUUUACCUCAAAAUCUGAGUGCUGGGGUGCUUCGCCACUUUAUCCACACUGACUUGUGUGUAUUCAUUGUUGGAGAGGCCUGCUGUAAUUAUUUUUAUUUUUUUCAGACCUCCCUGUCUUGGAAAGUUAACACUUUAUCUGCCAGUAAGUUGCUGCAUCUUUACCUCUGCAGGUUCUGCUGGCAGGAAAAAUGUUACGUGGAGCGUUUGCAUUCACUUUCAUUUUUGUUCUUCCCUUUCUGCACACUUUUUCUUCUUUCCUUUUUUGUAAUUUCCGACGUACCUCGUUCAGUGUGUUUAAAAACUGUAAGGCUACUUGUUUCAUGGCGCCAUUUAGCAGAAUGUAAAUUCCAACUGCUCCAUUUCUAUAUAUAUCUUGAAGAUUUUAAUGUAUAUAGGAGUAGUUUGCCAUGGGGGUAGAAACCCAGAAAUUCGUGACUUCUGUGUUUUCUCCAUUUUGAGUAUUUUGUAAUUUUUUUGGAAAUAUUUGUGGACAUAAACAAAUAAAGCAAACUACACCACAA